GCUCAGAGAAACCAGACCUCAGAAUUUUUCUUGUUGGGAAAACUGGAGUUGGCAAGAGUGCAGUAGGAAAUACCAUGUUGGGAGAAAAACAGUUUGAGUCUAAGCGGUCUUUCUCUUCAGUCACAACAAAAUGUCAGAAGCAAACAACCAUGUUUGAUGGCCAAAAGUUGGCUAUAAUUGAUACUCCAGGUCUGUUUGACACCAUAAAAUCACAUAGAGAUGUGGCUGAGGAGAUUGCUAAAUGCAUCUCUUUUGCUGCUCCUGGUCCUCAUGUGUUCCUGGUUGUGAUCAAACUGGACAGAUUCACAGAAGAAGAAAAGGAAACAGUGAAAAUCAUUCAGGAAACAUUUGGAGAAGGAGCCGAAAAAUAUACUAUUGCCUUGUUCACAGGUGGAGACCAGCUGAAAGAUGAAGGAGAUACCAUAAACGAUUUAAUUUCUCAAAAUAAGGAUGUUCAUGACUUCAUCAGUCAGUGCCAAGGAAGAUAUCAUGUUUUUGACAACAAAGACAAGGAUCCAUCUCAGGUCCGUGAGCUGCUGAACAAGAUCAAUACAAUGGUUCAUAAAAAUGGAGGAAACGUCUACACCAAUGACAUGUUCAAAAAUGCUCAGCAUGCCAAAGAAAAAAAAAUUGAGCAAAUUCUCAGUGAAAGUCCAGAGAUGAAUACUGACCAAGCAGAAGAACAAGCAGAAAAUGAGAAUUCAUUCAUUGAAGAUGUUUUGGAGUGUGCUGCUGGUGGAGCAGGUGUUGCAGGAGGUGUUGCAGCUGCCCCUGUAGCUGCAGUAGCUGCUGUGGUGGCUGCAGCUGGAGCUCUGGUGGGAACUCCUGUGGGAUUUAUAGUGGGAGUAG